ACCCACACCACGACCUUGAAUUAAAUGUCGCCAUUCGCCAUUCCAAAGAAAAAGUGAAUAUUGUUAAUAAAAUUUAAAAUUACUUGGAAAAAUUGCAAGCUGAAACCCAAAAAUGUAUUCGGGGCAGGAUUAUCGGUCACCCUACAGAAGAACUUGCGAGAAAAAUUAACACGAAAUUGACCAAAAAUAGAUGUUUUGUUUUCAAAUCAGCUGUUAGAGUGGCUCCACCUUCUGACAUAAACAAAUAGAUUUAAAUGCUACUGGAGUACUGAUACAUGUGGAAAAUGAAUUCAGAGUGUGAUAUACAGCCGGCGGCUUGCAUUGUAUGCAAUUCAACUGAACACUUGUUGAGGUGCGCUCGGUGUAAAUUAGUUUUUUAUUGUUCUAAAGAACAUCAGAAAAAAGACUGGCGAAAACAUAAAGCUACUUGCCAGCAAAAUAGCGCUUCGGCUUCAGUCAGUCUCAGUAAUAGUGCUUCGACUAGUGUUAACCAACAUAGGAUAAAGUUAGAUUUACGGAAAAACUCUUUACCAAUAGAAGGUAGCUCUGAAAGUGAAAUAUUAAGUGCUGCCUGUGAAAGUUUAGGAGAGACGUUCGGUAGAGCAUUAAAUAAUAACAUUGAUGAUAAAACUGCUACUGAAAGAUCGUUAAAGUGUGCUAAGUCAGUCAUGCCUAUUGCAGGAGAAAACAUUGUACAGCCUAAAGUUAAAGGCCUAAAAUAUUUCCCUGAAGUAGCUUUAGCAGGGGCAGCCCCUUUUCAACAUAAUAUGGACGACGAUGUGAUAGAGGAUAUGUGCAAAAAUAUUAUUCAAGACUUGAGUGAUUAUGGUUUAUGCGUCUUGGACAAUUUCUUAGGUCACGAAGAAGGCAAAACUGUCUUUGCCGAAGUAUUAAAUAUCAAAGAUACAGGGGCUCUCAGAGAUGGUCAAUUGGUUUCAACAAAAGGCAAAGCCAAAGAAGAUUUGAAGACUAUAAGGAGCGACAAGAUUUGUUGGGUGCAUGGCAAGGAACCAGAAUGUUUACAUAUUGGACAUUUGAUAGGGAGAGUUGAUACCCUUAUAACCAGGGCAAAUAAGAUGGCAAAUAAUGGCAAAUUGGGACAGUACAAUAUCAAUGGGAGAACAAAAGCUAUGGUAGCAUGUUAUCCAGGUUCGGGAGCUCACUACGUGAAACAUGUGGACAAUCCGAAUAGAGACGGUAGAUGCAUUACGGCCAUUUACUAUCUCAACCUCAACUGGAACGUGCACACGUGCGGAGGAUUACUCAGGAUAUUUCCCGAAGGAUGGCGAGAGGACAGAGUUGCAGAUAUAGAGCCAAUAUUCGACCGUCUCCUAUUCUUCUGGUCGGAUAGGCGAAAUCCCCACGAAGUUCAACCAGCUUUCGACACCAGGUACGCGAUCACGUUGUGGUAUUUUGAUGCGGCCGAAAGAGAAGAGGCUGUCAGACGAUAUGAUAAAGAACGUCUCAUGGAAAAAUCUUCGUCUUCAUCGACUUGACUGACAGCGAAUGAGCUCCGAAAGCUUGUUGGACGACUACCACUUUGACUCUUUGUAUAUAAUGUAGAUAUAUUUUCGUUUGUACAUUAAGGUACUAUUCUAACACCAUUGUUUUAGAUACAACAUAACCGUGUUACUAUACAUUUUUAGCUUGUUAUACAGUUAUUUUUAAAAUAACAAUCCCUCUAAUGCGGCGAUUUUUUUUUUCUGGUUCUAACUCAGAAUAUUUUUGUUAUUUAUUUUGUUAUUUUUAUUUAUUUUCGAAUAAGUUUGGCGCAAAUGAAGUUGCUGCAUUGAAAAAAAAAAUGUAUGUGGUCUAAGGUUAAGUACCACGUAAGAACUUUCCAUUUUUCUGAUCGCAAUUAUUAUUGUCAGAAAAAUUCUUCUGUAUUCAGUCAAAAAAAGUCAAAGGUAUGUAGGUACAAUGUACAUACGUUCUUGUGACUGACAGUUUUUAAUAUUCCAUAUCGUUUAUUCACAAGAUUUAGACCCUGGGCCCGGACUCCCAACCCACGAUUCGAUAGUAUCGUCCAUAUAAAAUAGAUAGACGAUACUAUCGAAUCGUGGGUUUGGAAUACAGACCCUGAAAAUACUUACAUCUGUUUUUUUUUUUGUGAAUUUAUUUAUACGCCUAACUUAUUGUAACAAAAAAUCGCCCAUGAGUGUUUAUAAUCCAGCCAAGUUAUUAUUUAUGUUGUAUUUGCGUUAACAUUAUCUUCCUAUCCAUUUAACAAAAAUUAUUUUUUCUCUGUGUGAUACUAUUUUCUGUCAUAAAAAUGUGAAAAUUAUCAUGUUAAACUGUAAAUAUUUGUAUUUGUAUAAAGUAUUUGAGGAAAUAAACUUCAUUUAUUUUGUUAAAGAAAAAAUGAUAAAUAAAAUUUUUAACCUGCAAAUUUAUGCUUUUAAUUAGUAUGAUUUAUAUGUUUGAACUUCAUCAUUGGUUGACAUUUUUACAUAAUCACUUUUUGGAUCCAUCGGACAACCAAAUGAAACUUCUUUCGUAUACUUGAAAGCAUUGUUCAUCCAAAACGUUUAAUCAACAUAAAUAAAACUUAAGAGUUAUUUUCAUAAAAAAAAACACGAACAUUUUUAGUAGCUUCUGCCGAACAAAGUGUAAUAUUUUGGUGCACGAGUGCAAGCAGGAUGAAUACAUUUAUCACUGGAUUUAAUUUCAGCUGGUUGUGUCAGAGGUAUACAUAAAGCUUUAGCUCCCAUUGAUGGAGCACCUGGUUCAGCAUCUUCCUCUCUAA